AUGGCACCCAUGCAGCCGGAGAGCCUGUUCUCGCAGCUGGCCACUGCCCCUCCCGAUGAAGUCUUCACUCUGAUGGGUGUCUUUAGCGCGGACCCUUUCCCAGAAAAGGUGAGCCUUGGGGCCGGCGUAUAUAGAGACAACGAGGCGAGAAGCUGGCGGCUGCCUGCUGUUAGAAAGGCUGAAGAACGUCUGUUGGAAGACCCAACCUUUGACCAUGAGUAUCUGCCGAUUCCAGGAUAUUCGCCGUUCAUCGAUCUGUCUCGAGACCUUGUGUUUGGCGGAGCAGACUCUCCCGUAGAGAAGGACCGCAUUGCCAGUCUGCAGACGGUCUCAGGAACCGGAGCAAACCAUAUUGGAGCCAGAUUCUUAGCCGAUUUCCUCCCUCCUCUUGCACAGGGACAGAAACGAACAGUAUGGAUUUCUGACCCAACAUGGGUCAACCACCACUUGCUGUGGGACUUGGUCUCCUCUGGAACUACUGGUAGCCCUGUCGAGCGUCGCACAUACCCGUACUAUCAUGCUCCCACUCGCACGCUGGACUUCGAUGGCAUGAUGAGCAUUCUAGAGAAAGAAGCUAGCAAGGGAGAUGUAGUCCUCCUGCACGCGUGUGCGCAUAACCCCACUGGUAUUGACCCUACCCGGGCUCAGUGGCAUAAGAUCGCCGACCUCUGCGAGCGCAAGGGGGUGUUCCCGUUCUUCGACUCGGCAUAUCAAGGCUUCGCGUCCGGCGACUUGAACAACGACGCCUGGGCGAUUCGAGAAUUUGCGUCCCGUGGCAUGGAGCUGUGCGUCGCGCAGAGCUUCAGCAAGAACCUGGGUCUGUAUGGCCAGCGUGUGGGUGCGUUCCACCUUGUCUGCCGCACAGCCGAUGCCACUCAGAGGGCGCGCAGCCAGGCCGUCGAGCUGCAGAGAGGAGAAAUUUCCACGCCACCAGCAUACGGCGCCAGACUCGCCGCCACAGUGCUGGGCGAUCCAGAGCUUAAAAAGGACUGGGAGCAGGACCUCAUCACGAUGAGCAGCAGAAUCAAGUCGAUGCGACGCGCCUUGUACGACGAGCUCAAGCGCCUCAACACGCCCGGCACCUGGGAACACAUCAUCAACCAAAUCGGCAUGUUUUCGUACACCGGCCUGACCAAGGAGCAGGUGCGCGUGCUGAACGAGAGAUAUCACAUUUACCUGCUGGACUCCGGCCGGGUAUCGAUUUCUGGAUUGAACACGAGCAAUGUGAAAUACGUCGCCCAAGCCUUUGACACUGUGGACUCGUCCGUCUCCAACCAGAUGCAGAUCUUUCCCAAAUCCAGCUUCUUCAAGGAGCGGCGAGCGCCUGCGCUUCCUACGCCGGCCAGGAUCAGAGCCAUCAACAAGAAGUUAGACAAUAUCCGCACCGCAAGCUUCAACCGUCCACCACCCGUCAUGAUCUCAUCACUGGGACUGUUCGUCAAGUACGGAGCUGACGUAACUAUUGUUGAGGCUCAGACUCAAAUGAUGGUACGCAAGAAAUUGCAAGGCCAAGUGCCCGUCCCUGAGGUCUUUGGCUGGGCUGAGGAUGGGGGUCAGAGGUUUAUUUACAUGUCCUUGGUUGAGGAUGAGACCUUGCAGGAGAGAUGGAGUGACAUGAGCAACAAUGAGAGACGAGCUAUCUGCAAGGAACUCAAGCACCUGGUGAAGACAUGGAGGGCUUUAGGGCAAGAUGGACAUGACCACUAUAUCAAUAGCCUAGGCAAGCAAUCACUGAACGACAUCUUUCUUGCGUGUCAUCCAGAACUUACCGGGCCAUUCCAAGGUGCGAACACCAUCCAGCAGUUUCAAGAUGCUUGCGGAAUUGAAAUUAGCAGCAACAUGCCCAUUAUAUUCACGCAUGAUGAUCUUGUCCCACCCAAUAUCCUCCUGUCGCGGGGACCGAAUCCAAAAGUGGCAGCAGUUAUUGACUGGGGCCAGGCUGGAUGGUAUCCUGCGUACUGGGAGUAUUGCAAGGCACGACGAGUGAGAAUGGACCCAGAAUACUUCAAUGAUGCUACCCUAGAAGAAUGGCGCACGAUAUAUCUGCCAAUUAUCUUGGAUCCAGUUCAUGAUGAGACAUACUACUACCCUUGGCUUUAUUUUGUCUUGUCUAAGGGGAUCUAA